AUGCUACGCAAGUCUACUGGCACUAUAAACCCCUGCGUAAGUCACCGUUCCUGCUCCCAUUGCUGCUGUAACUGUGGGGCACACGGUGGACAUCAUCGAAAACGAUGGUCGAACUGUCGUCGGUGGUGGUGGGAGGAGGAGGAGGAGGAGGAGGAGGAGGAGGAGGAGGACGACGACGACGACGACGACGACGACGACGACGACGACGACGACGACGACGACGACGACGACGACGACGACGACGCCGAUGACGGCGAGUUUUGCGAGGUUCAGAACAAGAGGAAGAACAAUAUCAGGGCUUUUUAG